GUCACAAACGUCAAAACCUCGCAAAAGCAGAUGGCAAAGUUGUGUAAAAGGUCCUUGGGAGAACGAUUUGCGCAAGAAAAACACCGAUAUUCACAGAAAACUGCCCAAAAAUGCUGCAUCGGAACCUGCUGCAGCUGUCCCGUCUAGUCAAGGUGCACAAUCCGCAGGUGUUGUCCCUGUCGGCGGCGUUCGUGCGCCGAUAUUCCUUCAACCAGAAUGGGGGCCAAUCGCUGCGGUUCCGGCAGCUCGAGCCCGGCUCCAGUUUCCUCAACACCGGCAGCGGCUAUCGCUUCCUGCACCUGAGCUCCUGUGUGUCCUCCAAGAAUGUUGACGAUUCAAAGUUAGCCGCCCAAGUGGCCGCUCCGCAGCUCAUAUCUAAACUGUUCCCACAAACGGCCGUCGAGGCGAACGAAGCCGAACAGGUCCGGGAGCAGAAGCGCAAGGAGGAGGAAGAGUCCAAAAAGGAGAAGGAAUCGUCCUGGAAGCGGAUGAAGCUGGGAUUUGUAAUCUUCGGCGUAUCCGUCACCAUGUUCUCCGUCUACACGGUGUACAUCUUUGGCGCCCCGGACCGUGACCAGGAAGGUAACCCCAUCGAGGACGAAUUCACCGCGCUGCCAAUGGCCCAGCAGUACUUCCAGCGCAUGUGGAAAUCAAUGACGUACUACCAAAAAAUGAUCCAGGAACCUUCCCGGGAGAAACUCCUACCCGACCCCCUCAAGUACCCGUACAUUCAGCCCCCGUACACGCUGGUCCUGGAGAUGAAGGACGUCCUCGUCCAUCCCGACUGGACCUACCAGACCGGUUGGCGCUUCAAGAAGCGUCCCGGCAUCGACAAAUUCCUCGAAUCGCUCGCGCGGCACUUUGAAAUCGUGAUCUUCACCGCCGACCAGGGGAUGACCGUUUUCCCCAUCCUGGACGCCCUCGAUCCCCACGGCUACAUCAUGUUCCGGCUGGUCCGCGACGCGACCCACUUCGUCGACGGCCAUCACGUGAAAAACCUCGACAACCUGAACCGUGACCUCAACAAGGUGGUCGUCGUCGACUGGGACCCGAACUCGACCAAGCUGCACCCGGAAAACACGUUCAACAUUCCCCGCUGGAGUGGCAACGACGACGACACCACCCUGUUCGAUCUGGCCUCGUUCCUGCUGACGAUCGCCAACAGCGAGGUCGAGGACGUGCGCGAGGUGAUGACCUACUACAAGCAGUUCGACAACCCGCUGGGGCAGUUCCGCGAGAACCAGCGGCGGCUGGCAGAGCAGAUGGCCGAACGGGAGCAGGAGGAAAAGCAGCGCGCGAAACCGGCCGUGGCCAAGUGGAGGCCCAGCUUCCUCGGCGGGGGACGUUAACCGUUUUUUGGUUUAUUAUUUUUUUCUGCCCUAAUUUUACGUUGAAACUCCGCUGUAGAACGUAGAUGCCAUUUGAAAUACAAAAGUUUGUCGGUCGCUGGAUGGUUCGAAAAAUUGUUAUCACAUUGUGUAGGCUUACCUCUUGCAUUGGACUGAAGAAUAAAUCACGAGAAGCCGAUUUUGAAUGGA